CAGAUGUACAGUAUUCUGCAGGAAGAACGCUGGGAGUUAGAGCACAGAACACCAGCGCACAGCAUUAAGUCACAAGGCGGGCAGAGAGCGGCAGCCGCCGCCUCAUGCUGCGGCUGCCCUUUGAGGGCUAGGGGUGGCUGUCUCUUGCUCUGCGCCUGCAGGGGCGGCGGGUCGGAUCCUCCCAUCGGUCCGCUCCCCCCAGGCCAGGUUCAGUGGGUCGGAUCUUCCCCUCGGUCCGUUCGCCUGAGGCCAGGUCCAGCCUGUGUCACUGCAGCCACACUGGGGCCGAUCAGAGGGGAACCGGGCCCCGCCCGCCAUGGCUCCUCCGCCCGGCCCCGCACCGCCCCUUCCGCCCGCAGCCCCGCCUCGGCCCGGGACCGCGCUGCAGCAAGAUUCUAUGAAGCUCCUGUGUUAAAGCCCUGAGAGAAGAGACUCUGCAAAUGGAAAGAGUGGCAUCCAGUUUUCACUGAUUUCUGCUGGAUUUAGGUUAGGUUGUGACUAUGGCAGUGCUGUUCCUGCGGAAGGCAUCUGUGUGGUUAAAGAAGCACAAGAUCACUGUGUUGGCUGUUUCUUGCAUGGGACUGCUUGGCACUAACCUUUCCUAUCAUGUGUUUCCUGAGCAGACAUUCAAACUGCUGCACGAGUGCUGGUCAGCGGGGCAGCCAGCUGAGCUUUCAGAAAAGCUCUGUGGUGUGUUUCAGGAUGUCCUUCAAGAUACUGGUGUGAAGUCCACUGGCUCCUACAGAGCCUUUGCAGCUUCUGGCUUCCAACCUGUGAGCGCUGGCAUUCCCUGGCUGCCUGCAGGCUGUUUGGUGGGCAUCCCGCCUAACUUUGAUAGCACAGCCAAGGAUAAGAAAGGAAUAGUUAACCAUAUUGUUGUAAUAAAUGGCAAGGAAGUAGACUGGGAGAGCAGUGAAGGCGUGGCUUUGAAGGAAGCUCUCACAUUUUCCCUUAAAGCUCAGAAGUUUGCCAUUGCCAGAGAAGUUGUGUACUUGCAGAAUGGCAGCCCUUUAGCAAGUGCAGUUGUGGCUCCGACUUGCUUGGCUGGGACGUUUGUCUGUGGGAGAGCUCUAAAGCUGCUUCUGGGGUUAUCCACCGGCCCCGUGAUCCUCCGCGGCCUCUGUAACCUUGUCACUGCCAUGGGAGGACUGCUCUGCUACUAUGUCUCUUCUGAUGCCAUCACCUAUCACCUGGACUGCGGGGCCGACACGAAGGCAGCCAGGCUUUCCGAGGACUAUGCCAGAGGUGGCCUUGAAUUUUAUGAUAAAAUCUUGUCCCGCAACAGGAUUUUUCGUGGCCUGAUGGGCAAACAAGGGAUGAAAAUGUAUGCCCCGAGUGGUAACCUUUUCCCAAGGCACUGGUUCAGAAUAAAGUAUACCCCAUACACUUACCGGAGAACUUUGAUUCUUAAUAUUUUAAGAGAGCUCCAGGCAUCUGAUGGGAGUGCUUGAAUUUUAAACUUGUGAAUUAUGUAUUGUGGAACACCGCUGUGCUGCUUUUUUCUUUUUUUUCCUUCUGUAUCUUCAAGAGAAUUUUGGGGUUUAUUUUUGCAUAUAGUUCGGGAAGAGUUAUUGCACAUUUCUUGAAUAAAGAAUUCUCUCUUAAAAUAUUAAA